UCAUAAAGGCGUCAACUCGUCCACCUCCGCCUGUCCUCCGCUCCGCAGCACAAUGGCUCCGAAGAAAGUGGAACCAAAGAAGACAGAGGUUAAGAAGGUGGAGGCGAAGAAAGAGGAGCCCGCUCCUCCUCCCAAACCCGCGGAGCCCAAACCUCCGGAGGUCGACCUGUCGAGCGUCGUGGUGGAGUUCACUCCCGACCAGAUCGAAGAGUUCAGAGAUGCCUUCACGUUGUUCGACGAGACGCCCGCGGGCGAGAUGAAGAUCACCUUUGCCCAAUGCGGAGACGUGAUGCGAGCGCUGGGUCACAACCCGACCAACGACGAGGUGCUGAAGCUCCUUGGGAGGCCGAAGGCGGAGGAGCUGAACGUGAAGCUGCUGGACUUCGACAGCUUCCUGCCGAUGCUGCAGCACGUGGCGCGUUCCAAAGAGCAGGGCACCUUCGAGGACUUCGUGGAGGGUCUGAGGGUCUUCGACAAGGAGGGUAAUGGCACUGUGAUGGGGGCGGAGCUUCGCCAUGUCCUCGCCACGCUGGGAGAGAAGAUGACCGAGGACGAGGUGGAUCGGCUGAUGGUGGGACAGGAGGACGCCAACGGACACAUCAACUACACCGAGUUCGUCAAACACAUCUUGGCCGGAUAGAGAAGAGGAUAGAGAAGAGUUUGUCCUCUGACUGAAUAAAAGUCUCAACGUGU